UUUUGAAAUUCGUUCCGUAUUAAGAAAAAAUGUAUUUUUUGAUUUUUGAAAACACAAAAAUUGUUCUACGAAACCGAAUAUCCUCCCCCCAAAUUUCCCGACAAUCCCCGCUGUAAACUCUGUUUAAUUUGUUUCCCAAUGGACCCUAAAUUCAACAACCUAAAAUGGCUACUGACGCUGACGAAGCACAGCGUCGUCGUGAGGAAUGCGAACGCAAAGCAAGGCGUGGGGAAAUGGAUCCCCGUUUGGAAUUCACCUUUCAGCUGUUGAUUGAUGCCACGCAAUUACCGCGCCAUCAAUUGAUGGACUACAUCUUUGAGGGUGAUAUGUUGGAUGAAAUCAAUCAACUUUUCUUGCCCAAUAUGAAAAAUAAGCUAUUGUGGUUUUUCCAGGAGGUCGAUGAACCCGAACCUCAACCCGUUCAAGAUCCCAAUAAGCCGGGACCAUCACGUUCGGGCAUGACUCCGAGCACGUCUAAGACGCCUCAAGGCGGUACAUCACCGGGCGGUUCGGCACCAGCAAAGCAGAAAAAACUCUUUCUCACCGAUGGUUGGACUUGUGCCUUUACCGGAAUAUGUAUCUACAUAUUUCGCAUAAAUACCAACAAACAAUUGCCUGAGGAAGGAUUUCAAAAGGAUUUAUUCUGUGGCAUAAUCGAUGCUAAAAACGUGGGGCUGGUCACCUCGAUUGAACGCAUCAUUGAGUACGUCUUCAUGCAAGCCCUGGCCUUUCCCAGUCUGGAGGGUGAGGAAGAAGAUGUCAGCUGUGGCCUUAUCAAGGGGCAACUGCUGCCGGGACUCCGUUCAUUCUGCAGUGCUUUGCGGGUUUGUGAGCAAGUUUGCGAUCACUUCAAUGUUUUCGACGAUGGCUGUGAUAUGUUCGAUCACAUCAAUCAUGUCGAAGAACUGAAGGAUUUAUCUAAAAAUCAAGAAUUUUGUGGGCAGCUCGAGGAGAGAGUAACCAAUUGGAUUAAGGGUAUUACGAAGAUACUAGGGGAAUCGGAUCAGUUGCGUAAAGAGAAUGAUUCAAGUGGUCCUCAGGAUGAAUUGGAAUAUUGGAAGAAACGUGGCGCCCAAUUCUCUCAACUGCUGGCCCACCUACAGACAAAGGAGGUACAGUACACCCUACAUUGUUUGCUCUUGGCCAAUUCAAAGGUAAUACGUGAUUGGAAGGAGACCGAUCGUAAGAUAACAUUUUGCUACAAUGAGGCCAGAGAUAAUUCGAAAUUUAUCCAAGCAAUGGAACAUUGUUGUCAUUCGUUGUAUUUGGAUGAUCCGGUCUGCAUGAAGGAAUCGAUUUUAAGUCUUCUACAGACAGUACGCUUGAUCUAUAGUGUCUCACAAUUUUACAACACUUCCGAAAGGACUUCAGCACUAAUGGUAAAAAUCACCAAUCAAAUGAUAGAAACUUGCAAAUCCUACAUCACCUGUCGCUGCAAAGAAACCAUUUGGACACAGGACCGCACUUUAGUACGCACCAAGCUAAGUAAUUGCAUUAAACUGAAUCACAUUUAUCACGAGACCUAUUACACCGUACGAGAGCAACCAUUCUUACCCAAUCAAACACCAUUUGGAUUUUCGGAGAAUUUUGUUUUCGGAAAAUUUGAUACCUUCUGUGAGAGAUUAUCAAAAAUUACAUCCAUGUUUAAUUUGAUCGAUGACUAUAAUCAUUUGUUUGAGCGUCGUUUGGAGGGACUGUUGUUGGCCGAAGCUUUGGAGGAGGCAUCCAAUCAUUUUGAGGAAGCCAAGAAGGAGAUACUCUCUAAGAAAUAUGAUUAUUUGGAUCAUCGCAAUGCAGAAUUUAAUGAUGAUUAUGAAAAGUUCAUAAGUAAAACGGAUGUUCUCAAGGAUACCAUUGCUACGUUGAUAGAGACCAACUUUGAUACGGUGUGGGAGACACCCCAGUGCAUAAGAUUUUUGGUCCGCUUCGAAAAGGUGAGCGAGAAAAUACCUCUCACCAAAAUGGAUGAGAAAUAUAUGAGGAUAGUCCGCUAUGUUGACAAAGAGGUGGAACGUGUCAUCAAGUUGUUUCGCAAACAUCGCGAUGAUCCUCCGGUGCAAAGGAAUUUUCCACCAAUUGCUGGUCGUAUCUACUGGAGUCGUUCGCUACAUUGUCAUAUUCGAGAAUUGAUUGAUUCGGUUUGUGAUCAUCCGGUUUUGGGUGCUUUACCACCCACCCGAGAUGUGGAAAUACGUUUCAAUCAUGUCGCCAAUUUGUUGGGAGAAUAUGAAGAUGAAAUUAUAGCCAUAUGGUUGGAUCAGGAUGUUAGUGUGGCCGAUGCGUGUUUGCUACAGCCUUUGCUGUCGUUGCAGGGUGAUCGCAUCUUUGUUAAUUUACAUCCCACCAUACCAUUGUUGAUACGCGAGGCAAAGUUGUUGGCUAAAAUCAAAGUUGAUCUUCCUAUUGUUGCGGCCACACUAAUGAGUCGCCAGGAUUAUUUUAUCACCAUACAGGAUUCAUUGAAUAAUCUCAUAAAAAUGUUUUUGACCACGGUCAGAGCAGUGAAAUUGGAAGUCAGGCCACUGUUCUUGCCGCAAUUAGUUCGUUUGACGGCCAUGUUGAAGCCAGGACUAACAACCAUCAAUUGGACCGAUCAGAAUUGGAGCAAAUUUUACGAAAGAUGCAAGCAAGCUAUUGAAACUUUUGAAGUGCUAGUGGCUCGUAUCCAUGACAUAUACUCGAAUCGUAUUUUACAUGUUCUCAUGUGUAUGCAGGAGAUUAAGCUGCAAGUUUUACCAGGAGACGAUGAAAUCUGGACAGUCGAUGAAUUUUUGGAAAAGAGCGAAGAGUCCUGCAGGAAAGCGGCCAUUGAACUCAACCGAAAGAGUCAAAUGGUAUCUGAAGCGGUAGAAGAAGUUUUGAAUUUGGUCGAUAAAGCUUCGGAGAAAUUUAAAGAGAUGGCUGGCGAUGAUGUUGUGACUUUGUUUGAUGCAAGUGCUAAAGAUCAAAGCUCCUCUUCACGUAAAGGAGGUGAAAAUGAAGGAGGAGGCGGAGGUGGAGGUAAUGCUAGCUCCCGAGGUUCUGGUGGAGCAGCUGGUGGCGGUAAUGCUGGCAAUCAGCAACAAGAUUGGAGUAUUUUGUGGUCUUGUUUUGAUAACCCUCUGACAUUGCUGGCCACAACCGAGAGUUUGCCCAAAGGAAUGCAGGAUAUGGUGUGCAAUGCUGUUGUGGAAAUGAGACGUUAUUACAGCCGUAAAGUCAUUGAUGUACUGAUCAAGGUGAUACGAGCUGCCUUGGAUACCAUAAGGCGCCGCUUUGUGUCCGAUGAUGAUGAUCCAGUGGUCAAGAAACCAAUAUUUGCCCUCUAUGCCCAACUGCAGAUACCAAAUGUGGUGAUUAAACCCAAUUUGGAGGAAUUACAGGAGAUUCUUAUAACGGCUGGAAAAACUAUUACCGGCAUUUCCAAAGGAGUGGCCCAGUGGACAAGUGGCAAGGAACAGCCGGUAAGUCGGCUUAAAUCUUGAUAUAUUUGAUCUUAAAACGUUCCUAUCCUCUAUAUAUAGCAAGUCUCCUUGACACCCCAGCCUCGAGUUGGCCGCAAUCACAAUACAAAACGCCGUAAAUUGUACACCCUAGAUUCGGUGCAGAAGCCACAAAUGCCCCACAUGCUGAAGUCAUUCUAUUCCGCCAUAAUGGACAAUAAAGAGGUGGCAAAGGCGUUCAAUUUACUUUCGAACUGUACCAAGGGUAUAAAGCCGGAAAUCCAAACCUACAUCAAACGUUGGAAACCCUAUCAUUUCCUGUGGAAAAAUGAUCGAACCACACGACAGCUGAUGGAAUUUGGUUUGCAAGAAUUUGAGACAACUUUACGUUGUUUGGCCGAUCUGGAUGCGAAUCUGUUGAUCGAACCGGAUAUGGAAGUUUUCGGAAAUUGUUUGGCUGUGUACAAUGAACGUUUAAAAUAUGGCUUAGCGAUCGAAAUUAAAUCCUGCAAUCACAAAAUCGGCCAGGCCAUGAAAAAGAAAUACAAAAAAGAAAUGGACUAUGUUUAUGCAGUUAUCAAUGAAAUGGAUCGUAAACUGGAUCGACCAAUCCGUGACUUGGAUGAUGUGCGCAUGAUUAUGGAGACAUUGGGUAAGAUAAGGGAGCAAGAGGUGGAUAUGGAGUUGCGCAUUGAUCCAAUUGAGGAAGCUUUCAAUGUCCUCACCCGCUACGAGGUCCAAGUGGAACGUGAACAAUUCGAUUUGGUCGACAAUUUAAGGGCAACCUUUCAAAAUCUGCUGGCUUGCGCCCUGCAAGCCCAGGUUAAAUUGUUGGAAAUGCAACCAUCCUUCCAGGAUGAUUUGAAAAAUAAUUUGGACAAUUUCAAGCAGGACAAAAUCAAUUAUGUUUUGGAAUAUCGCACAGCGGGGCCAAUGCAACCGGGGCUGACACCACGUGAGGCCUCCGAUCGUUUGAUAUUAUUUCAAAAUCGUUUUGAGGGUAUGUGGAGGCGUUUACAAACAUAUCAGAGUGGGGAGGAACUGUUCGGUCUACCUCAAACGGACUAUCCGGAAUUGGGCCAGAUACGCAAGGAAUUGAAUUUACUGCAAAAGCUGUAUAAGCUUUACAAUGAUGUCAUUGAUCGGGUGAGCAGUUAUUAUGAUAUACCCUGGAAUGAGGUGGACAUUGAGGAGAUCAACAAUGAAUUGAUGGAGUUUCAAAAUCGUUGUCGCAAACUGCCCAAGGCCCUCAAGGAAUGGCCGGCUUUCCAUGCCUUGAAGAAGACAAUUGAUGAUUUUAAUGACAUGUGUCCCCUGCUGGAAUUGAUGGCCAAUAAGGCCAUGAAGCCAAGGCAUUGGCAGCGUAUUAUGGAUGUAACCCAAUACACAUUUGAAUUUGAUUCGGAGGGAUUUUCUUUGAAAAAUAUUUUGGAAGCUCCUCUGCUGAAAUACAAGGAGGAUAUAGAGGAUAUUUGCAUUAGUGCCAUGAAGGAGAAGGAUAUUGAGGCAAAAUUGAAACAGGUCACCAAUGAAUGGUCUGUGCAUGAAUUGCAAUUCAUGAGUUUCAACAAUCGUGGAGAACUGCUGUUGCGUGGUGACACCACUGCCGAAACAAUAGGACAAUUGGAAGAUAGUCUCAUGGUUUUGGGUUCACUGCUAUCGAAUCGUUAUAAUGCUCCAUUCCGCAAACAAAUUCAACAGUGGGUCUAUGAUCUCUCCAAUUCCAAUGAAAUCUUGGAAAGAUGGCUUUUGGUGCAAAAUAUGUGGGUCUAUUUGGAGGCGGUAUUUGUUGGCGGUGACAUUGCCAAACAAUUGCCCAAAGAGGCUAAACGUUUCUCGAAAAUCGAUAAAUCCUGGCAAAAAAUUAUGCAAAGGGCCCAUGAGACCCCGGGCGUGGUGGCCUGUUGUGUGGGCGAUGAUUUGCUGAAACAGCUGCUGCCUCAUCUCCAGGAACAAUUGGAAAUCUGUCAGAAAUCCCUUAGCGGCUAUUUGGAGCGCAAGCGCAUGAUGUUCCCCCGCUUCUUUUUUGUAUCGGAUCCAGCCCUGCUGGAGAUUCUGGGUCAAGCUUCCGAUUCGCAUACCAUUCAGAAUCACCUGCUGUCCAUAUUCGACAAUACCCGCCAUAUAAAAUUCCACGACAUCGAGUACAACAAAAUGAUGGCCAUCAUCUCGAGUGAGGGCGAAAUGAUCCAACUCGACCGGGCCAUACGGGCCGAGGGUUCCGUCGAGACAUGGCUAACUCAAUUGCUGGUCACAGCGCAGGCGUCAUUGCAUUCGAUCAUACGGACCGCUUAUGCCACCAUCAAUGAUCCAAAUUUCAGUUUGCUCGCCUUCCUCGACAAGGCGCCAGCCCAAAUAGGUCUUCUAGGCAUACAAAUGAUUUGGACACGUGAUGCAGAAAUGGCUCUGAUGCAGGCCAGGCAAGAGAGGAAAGUCAUGUCAGAGACCAAUAAUAAAUUUCUGGAUAUUUUGAAUACCUUGAUUGAUCAGACGACAAGAAAUUUGACGAAAAUGGAGAGGACGAACUUUGAGACGUUGAUUACAAUCCAUGUCCAUCAAAGGGAUAUUUUUGAUAUAUUGUGUCGCAUGAACAUCAAGUCGGCCAAUGAUUUUGAGUGGCUAAAACAGUGUCGUUUCUAUUUCAAGGAGGAUUUGGAUAAAACCUGGAUCUCAGUUACAGAUGUAACGUUUACAUAUCAAAAUGAAUAUUUAGGUUGCACGGAUCGUUUGGUUAUUACUCCACUCACUGAUCGAUGCUACAUAACAUUGGCCCAGGCGCUAACCUUAAGCAUGGGUGGUGCUCCCUGCGGUCCAGCUGGUACUGGUAAAACUGAAACGGUUAAGGACAUGGGAAAAACUUUGGCCAAGUAUGUGGUUGUAUUUAAUUGUUCCGAUCAAAUGGAUUACAGAGGCUUGGGUCGCAUCUAUAAAGGCUUAGCCCAAUCCGGAUCAUGGGGCUGCUUCGAUGAGUUCAAUCGCAUUGAACUGCCAGUACUGUCCGUAGCUGCGCAACAGGUUGCCGUUGUCUUGACGGCCAAGAAGGAAAAGAAAAAGACAUUCAUAUUCACAGAUGGCGAUACGAUUGAAAUGAAUCCGGAAUUUGGAAUAUUCAUCACGAUGAAUCCUGGUUAUGCUGGACGCAAAGAAUUGCCGGAAAACUUGAAAAUACAAUUUCGCACAGUGGCCAUGAUGGUGCCGGAUCGUCAGAUUAUUAUUAGAGUGAAAUUGGCUUCUUGUGGAUUUUUGGAGAACAUAACAUUGGCACGGAAAUUCUACACCCUCUACAAACUAUGUGAAGAGCAGUUGACCAAACAGGUUCACUACGAUUUUGGUCUAAGGAAUAUUCUAUCGGUGCUAAGGACAUUGGGUGCGGCAAAGCGAAGGAACUCAAAGGAUAGCGAGAGUACGAUUGUGAUGCGAGUCUUGCGCGAUAUGAAUUUGUCCAAGUUGAUAGAUGACGAUGAGCCGUUGUUCAUAUCGCUGGUGUCGGAUUUGUUUCCCAAUCAGACCCUCGAGAAAACCAAUUACCCUGAAUUGGAGGCAGCCAUUGCCCAACAAACCGAAGAGGCAAAUUUGGUUUACCAUCCUCCGUGGGUUCUUAAGCUAAUACAACUCUACGAAACCCAAAAUGUCCGUCAUGGCAUUAUGACUCUGGGUCCUAGCGGUGCUGGAAAGACCACCUGUAUACACACCUUAAUGAAGGCCCUCACACAAAUGGGAGAUGUGCAUCGGGAAAUGCGUAUGAAUCCCAAAGCCAUAACAGCAGCCCAAAUGUUUGGCCGCUUGGAUGUGGCAACGAAUGAUUGGACCGAUGGCAUUUUCUCUGCCCUGUGGCGUAAGACAUUGAAGCUAAAAAGUGGUGAAUAUGUAUGGCUGGUUCUAGAUGGACCAGUGGAUAGUAUUUGGAUUGAAAAUUUAAAUUCCGUGCUCGACGACAACAAAACCCUGACAUUGGCCAAUGGUGAUCGUUUGACCAUGGCACCGACUGUCAAAAUUAUUUUCGAGCCUCAUAACAUAGAUAAUGCCUCACCGGCCACAGUGUCCAGGAAUGGUAUGGUUUAUAUGAGUUCGUCGGGUUUGGAUUCAAGGCCAAUUGUUCAAGCCUGGUUGAAGAAUAGGGCACCUGGUGAGAAGACUGUCUUUUGGGAUUUGUUCGAACGCACCUUUGUCCAGUUAAUCAAUUGGGGUACCCAAAAUCUCAAGUUACUUAUGCCGGUACUGCAAUGUAAUGUUGUGCGUCAAAUGCUUUUGAUAUUGGAAGGCCUAGUUCCAGUCAAGAAGGAGGAUGAACAAGCUGUCAGCUUAUGCAGCAAAGACAGUCAAGAUGAAGAAGCUGCCGAAGAGCCUGCCGUCGAAGAAAAAGAAGAUACCUGUACACCGGAACAUUUACAUCGCCUCUACAUCUUUGCUUUAGCCUGGGGUUUGGGCGCCUAUCUGAGUGCAUCGGAUCGCAUCAAAAUGAACAACUAUGUGAAGCAAUCAUUUCCCGACUUGGACUAUGCCAAGGGCACAGCCAGUGAGAAUACCAUAUUUGAUUUCUUUGUAUCGCCGGCCGGCACCUGGCAAUCCUGGAAGACUCUGGUGACACCCUAUAUGUAUCCGGAAGUUUCCACACCCGAUUAUUUGAGUAUUCUGGUGCCGAUUGUCGAUAAUGUGCGAAUGGAUUAUUUGAUUGGAACGAUAGCCAAUCAGGAGAAGGCCGUAAUGCUGAUUGGUGAGCAGGGCACGGGCAAGACGGUGAUCAUGAAGAAUUUCAUGCGCAAAAUGAAUGUGGAAACUUAUAUGGGAAGGUCGUUUAAUUUCUCAUCGGCCACUAGUCCGUAUCAGUUUCAGCGGACAAUUGAGAGUUAUGUUGAGAAGCGUGUGGGUGUUACAUUCGGUCCGCCAGGAGGUCGAAAGUUGAUUGUCUUCAUCGAUGAUGUCAAUCUGCCGGAAAUCAAUGAAUGGGGUGAUCAGGUGACCAAUGAAAUCGUGAGACAGUCGAUGGACAUGAAGGGUUUCUAUAGCCUGGAGAAGCCGGGUGAUUUCACCACAAUUGUGGAUGUGCAAUAUGUGGCGGCGAUGGGUUUACCCGGAGGAGGUCGAAACGAUAUACCUUCACGUUUGAAGCGCCAGUUUUGUGUCUUCAAUUGUAAUAUUCCAGAUAAUGAUUCAAUUGACAAGAUAUUCCGGGUAAUUGGCGAGGGCCAUUACAAUACGAAGCGUUGCUUUAUACCCGAAGUCCGAAAUUUGGUGAAGAAAUUGAUUGUCGUCACGAGAUAUCUGUGGCAGAGGACACGCGAAAAGCUGCUGCCAACGCCGGCAAAAUUUCACUAUGUCUUCAGUUUGCGUGACCUGUCGCGUAUCUGGCAGGGCAUGGUGGGCACCCUGCCCACGGUCAUCACCUCAGAGAGUGUUCUCAUGUCGCUGUGGAAACAUGAAUGUAUUCGUGUAUUUGCCGAUCGUUUCACCAACAUUCCCGACAAGGAGUGGUUCGGCUCGGAAUUGGCUUGUCUGGUGCGCUCGGAAUUAGGCGAAAAUUAUGUGCAGAUGAUCGUGCCGAAUCCGGUGUUCGUGGACUUUAUGCGUGAUGCACCCGAACCUACAGGCGAAGAGGGCGAAGAUGCCGACAUGGAAUUGCCCAAAGUCUACGAGCCGGUUACCUCUCAUGAAGUGCUCCGCGAGCGUCUGGUUAUGUUCCUUGCUCAGUUCAAUGAAAUGGUGCGAGGUUCUGGGAUGGACUUGGUCUUCUUUCCGGAUGCAAUGCUGCAUUUGGUAAAGAUUUCCCGCAUAAUACGGCAUCCGCGCGGCAAUGUCAUGCUGGUCGGGGUGGGUGGCUCCGGCAAACAAUCGCUCACGAAAUUGGCCUCGUUUAUAGCCGGCUAUAAGACGUUCCAAAUUGCCCUGACGCGUUCCUAUAAUGUGGCUAACUUUUUGGAGGACCUCAAGUUACUGUAUCGCACGUGUGGUGUUCAGGGUAAGGGCACCACCUUCCUCUUCACCGACAUGGAUAUUAAGGAGGAGGGUUUCCUGGAGUAUUUAAACAACAUUUUGUCGUCGGGUGUGAUUUCGAAUCUCUUUUCGCGCGACGAACAGGCGGAAAUCGUCCAGGAACUCACACCCAUCAUGAAACGCGAGAAUCAACGCAAGACCGCCACCCCGGAAAGUGUGAUGGAGUUCUUUUUGGCCCGAACGUGUGCCAAUCUGCAUGUGGCCUUUUGUUUCUCGCCCGUGGGCGAGACCUUCCGUUCGAGAGUGCAACGUUUCCCCGCUCUCGUCUCGGGCUGCACCAUCGAUUGGUUCCAACCGUGGCCAAAGGAUGCCCUUGUCUCCGUGUCACGACACUUUCUGAGUGACUUUGAGAUAGAGUGUACACCGGAAGUGAAGGAGGAGUUGGUGAAUGCUUUGGGCUCAAUACAGGAUGUAGUGUCGGAAACAUCGCAGGAGUAUUUCCAGCGUUUUAGGAGGGCAACGCAUGUUACUCCCAAGUCAUACUUAAAUUUCAUAGCAGGCUACAAGAACAUCUAUCAGCAGAAGCAAAAGGAACUGGGUGAUGGAGUGGAGAAAAUGGACACGGGGUUGGAAAAGCUGAAGGAGGCCUCUGCCUCAGUGGAAAUAUUGAAAAAAGAUUUAGUGGUUAUGGAGGAGGAAUUGGUGGAGGCCUCCAAGAAAGCCGAAUCGGUAUUGGUGGAGGUAACCGAAAGAGCCAUGCAGGCGGAAAUAGUUAAAAAUCAGGUGCUGAUUGUCAAGGAUAAAGCUGAGGCCCUGGUGGCCUGUAUUGCCGAGGAAAAGGCCUUGGCCGAGGAGAAAUUGGAGGCAGCCAAACCGGCCCUGGAGGAGGCUGAAAUGGCUUUGAAUACCAUAAAACCGGCUCAUAUUGCCACGGUGCGGAAGUUGGGUCGUCCCCCUCACCUUAUUAUGCGUAUCAUGGACUGUGUCCUGAUUCUGUUCAAACGGAAACUGCAUCCUUGCAUUCCUGACUCGGGGACACCAUGUCCCAAGCCAUCUUGGCAGGAAUCUCUUAAGAUGAUGGCCAGUGCCACAUUCCUGCUGCAAUUACAAAACUAUCCCAAGGAUACCAUAAAUGAUGAAAUGAUUGAUUUAUUACAACCAUAUUUCCGCAUGGAAGACUACAACAUGGAUAUGGCACGUCGGGUGUGUGGCGAUGUUGCCGGUCUCCUGUCCUGGACGAAAGCUAUGGGCUUCUUUCACAGUGUCAACAAAGAAGUUUUACCUUUAAAGGCUAAUUUAACAUUGCAGGAGGCAAGAUUGAAGCUUGCCAUGGAUGACUUAGCCGCUGCCGAAGAUCAACUGCGUGAACGCGAAGAAGCUCUGCAGGCUGUAAAGAAUUUAUACGAUAAUGCUGUGGGCGAAAAGCAACGUCUGACGGACGCGGCCAAUGCAUGUCUACGCAAAAUGACAGCAGCCACGGCACUGAUCAAUGGUCUGUCGGAUGAGAAAAUACGUUGGACCAAUCAAUCGAAAGAAUUUAAAAUACAAUUGGGAAAAUUGGUGGGAGAUGUUCUACUAGCAACUGGGUUCUUGUCAUAUUGUGGUCCCUAUAAUCAAGAAUUUCGAGCAAAUCUCAUACGAACUUGGAUGAGUAUUUUGAAGCAGAAGACAAUCCCCUUUACGACGGGUUUGAAUAUUAUCAGCAUGUUGGUUGAUUCUUCCACGGUGUCGGAAUGGAAUCUGCAAGGCCUGCCCAAUGAUGAAUUGUCGGUGCAAAAUGCUUUGAUAGCCACCAAGUCCAGUAGUUAUCCAAUGCUAAUUGAUCCCCAGGCCCAGGGUAAAAUAUGGAUCAAAUCUAAAGAGGAACAACAUGAGCUGCAAAUAACUUCGUUGAAUCACAAAUAUUUUCGUACCCAUUUGGAGGAUGCCUUGUCUUUGGGUCGUCCGCUGCUAAUUGAAGAUGUGGGUAUUGAAUUGGAUCCCGUGCUGGAUAAUGUGUUGGAGAAAAACUUUAUAAAAUCGGGUAGUAUUGAAAAAGUGUUGGUGGGCGACAAGGAAUGCGAUGUCAUGCCGGGCUUUAUGCUGUACAUUACCACAAAAUUACCAAAUCCGGCUUUUAGUCCUGAAGUAAGCGCCAAGACAUCGAUUAUUGAUUUCACGGUUACAAUGCGUGGUCUGGAGGAUCAGCUGUUGGGUAGAGUGAUUCUAAUGGAGAAAUCUGAUUUGGAGGCGGAACGUGUCUCCCUCUUCGAAACGGUUAUGCAAAAUCAACGGAAUAUGAAGGAAUUGGAGGCAAAUCUCUUGUAUCGCUUGAGCUCCUCUCAGGGUUCCUUGGUGGAUGAUGAAGACCUAAUUGAGGUUUUGCGUGUAACCAAAACCACGGCGGAGGAAGUUAAUGAAAAAUUAAAAAUUGCCGAGGUCACGGAACGUAAAAUUAUGAAGGCACGUGAGGAGUUCCGUGCUGUGGCUGCCCGUGGUUCUAUUCUGUAUUUCCUGAUUGUCGAAAUGAGCAAUGUCAAUGUCAUGUACCAGAACUCGUUGAAACAAUUUUUGGUCAUCUUCAACAAUUCGAUUACCAAAUCGACCAAGUCGAAUGUUACGGAGGAGCGUAUAAAUAUUAUUUUGCGCUAUUUGACGUAUGAGGUUUACAAGUUUACCAAUCGCAGUCUCUACGAGCGCCAUAAGCAGCUGUUCACUCUGAUGUUGGCAAUAAAAAUCGACUAUCACAAUGGCAAUAUAAGCCAUGAGGAAUUCAUGGCCUUUAUCAAGGGAGGUGCUUCGCUGGAUCUGAAUGCUGUACAACCGAAACCUUUCCGCUGGAUAUUGGAUAUAACAUGGUUGAAUUUGGUGGAGAUCAGUAAACUGGAUACAUUUGUAAAUGUUUUGGAAUUGAUCGAAUUAAACGAACGUGAAUGGCGUAUCUGGUACGAAUCGGAAAAACCGGAAAACGAGGAAAUUCCGUGUGGUUAUCAGUCAUCAUUGGAUAGUUUUCGUAAACUUUUGCUAAUUAGGUCUUGGUGUCCAGAUCGUACCAUUUCACAAGCUAAGAAAUAUAUUGAAGAAUCAUUGGGUCCGGAAUACAGUGAAAUGCAAAUAUUAGAUUUAGAACUGACAUGGUCAGAAUCUGAACCGAGGACACCAUUCGUUUGCCUGUUAUCCAUUGGGUCAGAUCCAACUACACAAAUUUCAGCUUUGGCUAAACAGAAGGAGAUACCUCUAAAAGCCGUUUCCAUGGGCCAAGGCCAAGAAUUCCAUGCUCGAAAAAUGAUAAUGGACUCAAUGGCCGGUGGUGGUUGGGUGCUGCUGCAAAAUGUCCACCUCUCGUUGCCAUUUUGUACCGAGAUAAUUGAUAUGUUGGUGGAGACGGAACAUGUGGAUGAAUCAUUUCGUUUGUGGGUUACCACAGAACCACACAAUGAAUUUCCCAUUGGCCUGCUGCAGAUGGCCAUUAAAUUUACCAAUGAACCGCCGCAGGGUAUAAGGGCAAGUUUGAAGAGAAGUUAUCAGUCCUUUACACAAGAUUUCCUGGAUUACACAUCAGCCCCUCAGUGGCCACCACUUUUGUAUACCGUGGCCUUUUUGCACACCAUCGUCCAGGAACGUCGCAAAUUUGGCCCCCUGGGUUGGAACAUACCCUACGAGUUUAAUGCAGCCGACUUUGCCGCCAGUGUACAAUUCGUACAAAAUCAUCUGGAUGAAAUGGAUCCCAAGAAGGGUGUCUCCUGGCAAACUCUGGUCUACAUGAUUGGUGAAGUUCAGUACGGGGGUCGUGUUACCGAUGACUUUGAUAAACGUUUGCUGACCACUUUUACAGCCGUGUGGUUUUGUGAAGCCUUGCUAAAUCCAUCGUUUGAAUUCUAUAAAGGCUAUAAAGUGCCGAACACCAAAAGCUUGCAAGGAUUCAUUGAUGCCAUCAGCAAUUUGCCAGCCAACGAUACGCCAGAGGUCUUUGGUUUGCAUUCCAAUGCCGACAUCACGUACCAAAUCAAUUCGGCUAAAGGUAUUCUCGAUACCAUCCUAAGUGUACAGCCAAAGGAGGGCGGCGGUGGCGGUGGUGAAACCCGUGAAAGUAUUGUCUAUCAAUUGGCCGAUGAUAUGCUGAGGAAAUUGCCACCUCAGUACAACGACUAUGAGGUGCGUGAGAAUCUCGUUCGUAUGGGUAUCCUAUUGCCGAUGAACAUAUUCUUGAGGCAAGAAAUCGAUCGAAUGCAAAAAGUUAUAAAACGUGUCUACUCCUGUUUGUGUGAUCUGAAGUUGGCUAUUGAUGGCACCAUUAUAAUGAGUCCAGCCUUAAAGGAUUCCUUGGAUGCUAUGUACGAUGCUCGUAUACCAGAGUCUUGGAUGAAGAUAUCCUGGGAGUCAACAACUUUGGGCUUUUGGUACACCGAACUACUGGAGCGUAAUGCACAAUUUCGUACCUGGAUAUCAACGGAUCGUCCAAAGGUCUUUUGGAUGACAGGCUUCUUCAAUCCUCAAGGAUUUCUCACGGCAAUGCGUCAGGAAGUAACACGAGCUCACAAAGGAUGGGCACUUGACUCGGUCGUAUUACAAAACCAAAUAACUCGCUACAACAAGGAGGACAUCACCGAGUAUCCCCAGGAAGGUGUAUAUGUUUAUGGAUUGUUUUUGGAGGGUGCUUCGUUGGAUCGCCGCAGCGGUAAAUUAAUUGAAUCGAAAAUGAAAGUGCUCUACGAGCAAAUGCCUGUGAUUUACAUUUAUGCUAUUAAUACCACGGCCGGCAAGGACCCUAAGCUGUACGAAUGUCCCAUUUAUCGUAAGCCACAGCGUACCGACUUGAAAUAUGUUGGAUCCAUUGACUUUGAGACGGAUUUUAAUCCAAAACAUUGGACACUGCGUGGCGUGGCCCUGCUAUGUGAUAUUAAGUGAAGAAUUUAUGUUAAGGAUGGAAAAAGGAUAUUGUUAUAUCGUUAUUGGUAUAUGUGUGUGUGAGUUUGUCAGUAGAUGUGUGUGUGUGAAACAGAGUAAUGAGCAAAGUGUGUGUGAAUGGCUAGAAGCUAAAAAUAAACAAUUAUCCUAAAGACCACAACAUUAGCAAUACCAAAAGAUAUAAUCUUCAAGAAUUAUGUUAGACAUUUUAUUGCUUAGAAAACUACUCGCAAUACACUUUUUGAAAUACGAAAAUAGAUGCAUUGUUCAUCUUCUGGGACCACCAAAUACAUAAACUUAAGCUUUUGUAGAAUCAAUUCAAUUUAUAUGGCUUCUCUCAUAAUUAGGCAACAUUUAAUUUUUACCUCUAUGGUCUAUAUAGUGAGACAAGAAAAUUCGCCACAUAGUAUUCUUGUAUUUUUAAUAGUUACAAUACAGAAUCUACCGUUAAGCCCAUUUAAAAUUCUAAUUGGAACUUGGGAACCCCACUAAAUGGUCUGUGAUUUAUCUCAUUUUUCUUGCCUCAACUAAAAAAAAUUAGAAAUAUGAACCCAAAAUCUACCUAGUGGUUGAAGAACUUUUGAGGCCAAGGUAUUAGUAUAAAAUGCGCGUCCAACCGUAAGGGUGACCAAGCCAAGUUGAUUUAAUCCUUAUCUAUGAGCGAAUUUUUUAUACCCUCCACCUCGAACUUCGUCAUUCCGUUUGUAAUGUCCCUAAAUAUUCGACGUAGACCCCAUAAAGUAUACAUAUUCCUGAUCAGCAUAGAAUUCUGCUUGUCUGUCUGUUGAAAUCACGAUACAGCCAACAUUAUUUAACGUAGAGCUUUCAAAUUUGGCAGAUGGUUAAUAUCGAAAAUCGCUAUAUCGGUCCACAUUUUACAAUACUCCCAUACAAUGGUAGCAUUAUUUGGUAUUUUAAUGAUUUAAGACACAUUUUUUACGGAAUCGUCCCAAAUUUGGUAUUAGGAAUUGACAAAGGGUUCUACAUCUGGUGGCAAAGCAUUGUUAAUAAACGUCUACGAUUUCCCAAAGCACCUAUAAAACGAACCUCCCGAUAUUCCUGUUGUGAUGAUUUUAGCUAUUUUUAUACCCUCCACCAUACAUAGUAUGGAAGGUGUAUUAAGUUGGUCAUUCCGUUUGUAAAUCAUCGAAAUAAUCAUUUUAGACCCGACAAAGUACAUAUAUUCUUGAUCAGCUUCAAAUUUUAAGACGAUUUAGCCCGGUCCGUCAGUCUGUUGUAAUCACGCUACAGUCUAAACGAAUUAAGAUAGGAAGCUAAAAUUUUGCACAGAUCUCUAUUUUGUUUGCCCCCAUAUAACGGUACCCUCCGAUAUUCGGUAUUUUGAUAA